AUGUCUCAAGUAGUCAAAGUAGAUCAAAAAAUUAGUACACGUUUAAAUGAACGUGAUUUUUAUAUAACAAUACAAAAUCCUAGUUCUGAUUCCAUGUUACCUGAAUAUUACUAUCAAAGUUGUGAUUUUUUUGUUAUAGAAACAAGUGCAACUAAGGCAAUUUCCAAAACAUAUCAAAAUAUUUUUCAAAAUAAAAUACCAGGCAAUAGUUACAAAUCAUCACUUAUUUAUUUGUAUAAAAAACGUCCAGCUAUAUUUGUAUCCAAAAUUGAAGAUAAUAAAUGUCACAUAUGUAUUUAUCAAGAUUUUAAACUUCAAAAAACAUUUGUGGAAGCUAUUCCAAAUAAUGUUUGGAAAAAUUCAGGUUUUAUUCAAAAAUUUUCAGGAAUACAACUAUUUGGGUUGGAAGAUGAGGUUAUAUUACAAAAAUUAGUCAAGAUACACAUUUCACAAUAUGCUUCUUACGAAUGGGAUAAUUUUAAUCUAAUGAAAAAAUUAUAUGAAUAUCAUCUUCAGCGUCAGACUUCUAGCAUUGAAUGA